AUGCUAUCAUCAUCAGAAAAUAUCAAUGUCUACCGCAACAUUAACCCUUGUCUUUCUCCUCCUUGCAUCUCUCUACUCAUUUCUUCACAUACUACGCACCGUCCACCGCAAAUAUGAUCGGAAACUUCCACCUGGCCCCCGAGCCUUGCCAAUUAUCGGCAACCUACACAUGCUUGGCAACCUCCCACAUCAAACCCUUUAUCAAUUAGCCAAAAAAUAUGGCCCCAUAAUGUCAUUAAGGCUAGGUAACGUACCCACCGUGGUAUUAUCCUCCCCCAGCGCUGCUGAGCUAUUCUUAAAAACCCAUGAUCUCAUUUUUGCCAGCAGACCCAAACUCCAAGCCGUAGAAUACAUGGCAUACAAUAGCAAGGGCAUGAUUUUUGCAGAAUACGGUUCAUACUGGAGAGACAUCAAGAAGCUGGUUACUCUAGAGCUGCUUAGCCCGUCGAAAAUCGAAUUCUUUGGGCCAAUAAGGAGGGCGGAGCUGGGGUGUUUGGUGGAGUCACUGAGGAAAGCGGCGGCGGCCGGUGAGGUGGUCGACCUUAGUGACAAGGUGCGUGAACUUGCUGAGAACAUGGUCUAUAAGAUGAUUUUGGGGCGAAGUAAAGAUGAGAGAUUUAAGUUGAAGGAAUCCGUUGAAGAGGGGUUGAACUUAAGUGGGGGAUUCAACAUCGCAGAUUAUGUGCCAUGGCUUGGUGCUCUUGACCUCCAGGUGCAUCUAAUCCUGUGGGGCUGGGUUUGAUCCAUCCCCCCAUUUCAAACCUAUUUAAAAAAAAAUAAAGAAAAUUUAACCUAUAAUGAAUGUAUUUUUAUAAAAUUUAAUAAUUUAU